GGCCGCGUGCGGCAUGUCGGCGCUGCGCUGGAGCCGCGGCGCGGCGGGACUCGGCUGGGCCUUACGGCCUGCGGGCCGCCCCGGACUCCCGGCGGAGGAAGGGGCCCUCCGCAGUUUCUGUGGCCGAAGAAGCAACUCCACUGCCCACCCUUGUGAGCAAGACCCCAAGAAGGACUGGGGCCACGCAGAACUCCUGGAGGUGCUCGAGGCCCGGGUGCGGCAGCUGCAGGCCGAGUGUGUGUCGGAGGUGACCGUGAACAGGGUGGGUGUGGCGCGGCUCCAGGAGGGCGGCAUCCUCCAGGCCUCCAGGAAGACCCAGAUGGGUGUCGGGGGUGCUGCCCCGGGGCUCAGUGGCCGCUGGGCACAGAAGCUGGACAAGGAGAAGCAGAAACAGCAGAAGCAGAUGAGGAGCAAGUCUCAGGAGCAGGCCUCGGUGCUGGCGCCCGGGCUGCAGCUGCGGCUGAGACCCCGGCUGCGUGACAAGCAGCUGUCCAGCUGCCUGCAGCGCUGGGUGAGCGACGCCGCCGGCCGCCCCUGGGAGGAGCAGCUGGCACAGCUGCUGCAGGACGCCCCGCGGAAGCUGAGCCGGGAGGCAGAGGACGAGCCGGCGGACGCGGCCGCCCUGGCGCGCCUGGAGGCGCAGCAGCACAGGCUGCUGUCCUUCUUCGAGUGCUGCCUGCUCUCCGACCACCUGCCCCUCGCCCACCACGUGCUGGCCGCCCAGCACAGCAAGGUCCGGCACCCGCGGCUGCUGACGCUGGCCAUGUACAACACUGUCAUGCUGGGCUGGGCACGCAAGGGCUCCUUCAAGGAGCUGGUCUUUGUGUUCUACAUGGUGAAGGACGCCGGCCUCACCCCGGACCUGCUGUCCUACGCGGCUGCCCUGCAGUGCAUGGGGCGGCUGGACAAGGAUGCCCGCACCAUCCAGAGGCCCCCGCCCCUCGCCCCGCCCCCGCCCCAGGUCAACAGCUCACCCCUGCUCGCUGACGUCUACGCCAAGGACCGUCCCGCGUCCUACCCCAAGCUGCACCUGCCCCUGAAGACGCUGCAAGACCUCUUCCGGAAACAGCUGCGCAUCGAACUGGCCACCGUCGUCCAUGUGCAGUCCGUGGACAAGGCCCCGCCGGAGACCACGGAGAUCCUGCGUGCGCGGAAGGUCCUGGCCGAGCUGCGUGCGCAGUGGGAGGAGGCACUGGCCCAGGCUCUGCAGGUGGCCAAGGUCCGAGAGGCCCGAGCCGCCCACGAGGGCUUCCCCUCCGUCUUCCCUUACCUGUGCCUGCUCGGUGAGCAGGAGCUGGUGCAGCUGCUGCUGCAGAGCCUGCAGACGCUGUCCCCGCACGGAGAGUCCUUGCUGUCGGUGGCGCAAGAGCUGGGCCUGCGGGUCUUCAACCGCUACACGGUGCAGAGGAAGCGGCUCACCAAGCAGGUCGAGCUGCUGGAGCAGCGCUACCACAAGUACCUGCACCUGCUGGCGUCCGACACCCAGGUGGCGACACCCUGCCUGCCAAGGCAGCACUGGGAGGCACUGGGGCUGCCCGAGACCCCCCCCGAGCAGCCCUGGCCUCUGCCUGUGCUGGUGCAGCUGGGCAAGCAGCUGGCGGAGGUGCUGGUGAAGGCCAUACAGAUGCCCAACUGCCUGGCCACGCCGCAUGGCGACCAGAGGAACAUCCCUGUGCUCUACCACGCCUACUCCUUCCGAAGCUACCGCCAGAUUGGGAUCCUGAAGCCGCACCCGGCCUUCACGCAGCUGGUGGAGCGUGCCGCCGAGCGCGUCCUGACCUUCGAGGCCAGCGAGAUGCCCAUGCUGUGCCCGCCCCUCCCCUGGAUGUCGCCGCACUCGGGCGCCUUCCUGCUGAGCCCCACCAAGCUCAUGCGCUCGAUGGAGGGCACCACGCAGCACCAGCGCCUGCUGGACAGCUGCCCGCCCGCCGACCUGCACGGCGCCCUGGACGCGCUCACCCAGCUGGGCAACUGCGCCUGGCGUGUCAACGGGGUCGUGCUGGACCUGGUGCUGCAGCUCUUUACCGACAAGGGCUGCCCGCGCCUGGGGGUGCCGGCCCCCGCCUCCGAGGCGCCCCCGCCGCCCUCCACGCGCCUGCCCCGCGACACCCCGCCUGCCCACAAGGCCGAGGUGCGCCGGGAGCUGGCCCGCUGCCUCAAGGUGGCCCGGGAGAUGCACAGCCUGCGGGCGGACGCGCUGUACCGCCUCUCGCUGGCCCAGCACCUGCGAAACCACAUCUUCUGGCUGCCCCACAACAUGGACUUCAGGGGCCGCACCUACCCCUGCCCGCCGCACUUCAACCAUCUGGGCAGCGACCUGGCACGCGCCCUGCUCGAGUUUGCUGAAGGCCGCCCGCUCGGGCCCCACGGCCUCGACUGGCUCAAGAUCCACCUGGUGAACCUCACCGGGCUGAAGAAGCACGAGUCGCUGCAGGGGCGCCUGGCCUUCGCCAACGAGAGGAUGGACGACAUCCUGGACUCUGCCGACCGGCCCAUGACGGGCCGGAAGUGGUGGAUGCAGGUGGAUGAGCCCUGGCAGGCCCUGGCCUGCUGCAUGGAGAUCGCCCGGGCUACGCGCUGCCCCGACCCCGCCGCCUACAUCUCCCACUUCCCUAUUCACCAGGACGGCUCCUGUAAUGGCCUGCAGCACUAUGCCGCCCUGGGCCGGGACAGCGUGGGCGCUGCGGCCGUCAACCUGAUGCCCUCGCACCUGCCGCAGGACGUGUACAGCGGCGUGGCCGCGCAGGUGGAGGUGUUCCGCAGACAGGACGCCGAGCAGGGCGUGCCCGUGGCCCAGGUGCUGGAGGGCUUCAUCAGCCGGAAGGUCGUCAAGCAGACGGUGAUGACCGUGGUGUACGGAGUCACCCGCUACGGGGGCCGCCUGCAGAUCGAGAAGCGCCUGCGGGAGCUGGACGGCUUCCCCCAGGAGUGUGUGUGGGAGGCCUCGCACUACCUGGUGCGGCAGGUGUUCAACAGCCUCCAGGAGAUGUUCUCGGGCUCCCGGGCCAUCCAGCACUGGCUCACCGAGGCCGCCCGGCUCAUCUCGCAGUCCGGCUCAGCCGUGGAGUGGGUCACGCCGCUGGGCGUCCCCGUCAUCCAGCCCUACCACGUCGACUGCAAGGUCUUGAUCAACGGGGGCAUCCAGACGCUCACCCUCAGCAGCAGCGGGGACACCAGUCAAAGGCCCAACACGCUGAAGCAGAAGAACGGCUUCCCGCCCAACUUCAUCCACUCGCUGGACUCAUCGCACAUGAUGCUCACCGCCCUGCACUGCUACAGGUGCGCGGCCCCGGGGCCCCGCUCGGGGAGGCUGAAGGCCCGCCGCGCCGCCUGUACCAUAGUGUAA